AAAUACUGUAGCAAAACCUCUAUUUCGAGCCAGGGGGUGUUAUCUGAGUUAAAUUAAUUUAAUUAACGCCUUUCUGGCUCUGAAUAGAAAUAAGUGGUGAGGUGUUUGUUUGCGAAAAGAGCGAAUUGCCGGCGAAUCUUCCCGCCUUGCUCAGUAGACCAAAGGUUGUCAUAUGAAACGGCAGAAAAUGAACUUUCUGGAAGUGAGAUUUUCUCUUUGAAAUUCAGUCUUAACAAUUAGGCUACGUCUCCCGUUAUCACCGAUUUCCCGCACGAAACAUGGUUCCUCAAAUCGUACUCAUUACUGGGUGUUCGGCGGGCAUCGGUCUCGCUACGGCCAAACGCCUCGCCUUCGACGUCGAUCAGCGGUACAUCGUCAUCGCCACCGUGAUCGUGAUGUCGGAAAAGGCAGAAUUAGUUGCUGCCGUAGGCGACGCCCUUGACAAAACAGUUUUCAUCAGGGAGUUGGACGUCACAAACGAUAAAAAUAUUUCAGAUGUGGUUCGUGACGUCAUCAGAGUGCAAGGAAGAAUCGACAUCUUAAUCAACGUUGCAGGACUUGCUUUUAACGAGAUUCCCGAAAGAGUCACGCGGGAACAGAUCGACAAAUUGUUCAAUGUGAAUACAAUCGGACCUAUCAGACUCGCGCAGGCGGUCUUGCCUCACAUGAAAGAAAGACAAGCUGGGAAAAUUGUGACUGUAUCGAGCGACAUGUCUAGGCAAGCUUGGCCAUACUUCGAUAUUUACAGUGCAACAAAGUUCGGCGUAGAGGGUUUUUUCGAAGCUCUAGCAGCCAGCGUGAGAGCUUUCAGCAUAAGGGUGUGUCUAGUCGAGCCAGGUCCCAUCGCUACCGGGCUUUUAGGAGGUCUCCAAAAUGACAUGAAGAGGCUGAUAAACGACGAAACCGUCAACGAGAUCGACCAUCGCCAACUCGUCGGUCUCAAUCGUGACGUGUCCGACAUGGACAAAACCCGAAGCGCGGAUGACGUCGCAGCGGACCUGACCACGCGGUGUUUGGACGUGGAUGAACCCGUGCUUAGACACCUCCUUCUGGAAGACAAAUUUAUGAAAGAAGCCACCGAGGUAUUGGCGGACCUGACGGGAGAACGCGGGGUAGCCUUCAUGCGCCAACAACUGGGACACUAAUGCCCUCUGCACACAAAGGAUCAGUACCAUUGCGUUAUCGCCUGGGAUAAUCGAUACUAUGAGGGCGCAAUUAGCACAUGCACAUCAGAGCCAUAUAUGCACAUAGUUUGCCAACUUGGUUUCACUGUGUCCCAACAUGGCGUAUAUUCUUUUGUGUUGUGCUUGUCCAACAAAACAGUAGUCGCC